AUGCAAAUUCUGCCUCUCCACGUCCUUGUCUCAAAGUCUAUUGCCAAGGGAAUUAUCGAUGGAACUCUUCACCCCACCCGCUUCCCUUUCAAUCCAAAUUGCCACGUGCUCACUGAGCUCAACCGUCUCACCCUGCCCACCUACGAGCCUGAGAUCUACACGAAGCUCCUCCACACCUUCAACUUCUCCACUGCUAACCACCAGGGUUUUUGGAUCUGUCGAAACAUGAUUCAACUCUUUCAAAACCAAAAUUUGACAUCCCUGGCGUUGGGAAGGUUCAGCUGGUGUCAGGCUUAUAUGAGGAAACGCUCUCGUAGCAAUUGCGCUGCAGUAUUUGAAGACUUGGAGCAUAAGGCUAUGGACCUCUCUAACCCCAUCAACAUCGUAGCCAUUGUGGGGGACUGUCUGAAUAAUGACUCGCAGAAGGAUCUCCUAAGCUUAUCGAUCGACACUGAGGUCCACGAGACCACUAAGAUGUUCCUUCCCAAUUGGAUCGCGCCGCUCGCCGAAAUGCUUCCGAAACUCCAAUCCCUUAGCAUCUCUGGUCGAGUUCUUGAGCAAAACGACUUCCAAGCUCUCUGCUCCGGAUUUCCACACCUCCAGAAGCUGAACAUCAGUGGGACUCGAAUUAAAAAUUUGUCUGGAAUUUCUCACCUCCGAAAUCUAGAGGUCUUGUCGAUUGGUAAUCUGAAACUCGGCUCGGCUCACGAUUUGGUGAACAUUUUCAACCUUCCGAACUUGAAAGUUUUGAGUUUGUCGUGUGAGGGGAGCUGUCGCGAGCCGUGUUGCCCUAGAGACCUACUAUUCCAAUUUUUGGAAUGUGACAGGGUUAUGCCGGAGCUGGUGUACUUGGAUGUCUCCUUCAAUGGAUUGCCGACUCACUGGAUGGGAAAAGUGAUGAAUAGAUGUCCAAAGUUGGAGGUUUUGUCGGUUAUUGGUCCAAUCACCGAGACGGACCUGACCAGUGCCAUCGAGAUAAUCUCUAGCCACAACUUGCCAUCUAUCACCAAAGCUCUUCGCCACUACAUGCUCCUCCACAACCGCCCAAUGCUCAUGGAGCUCUUCAAGAUUUUGAUGGAAGUUUUGGAUAAUGUAAUGGAUUUGACUGCUAAGAGAGAGCUCCAAGACUGCUCAGAAGUCCUCUGCGAAAUCCACCAAAAGUAUCAAGGGGACUACACGAUACUAGAUGAAAGUGCCCCAAUUCUUGUGAUGCUGAUGAUACACCACCAACUUCUCGAGCCUCCACACAAAAUCGAUAUCCUUAAUUGCCUAUUCUACACCUGCAAUUUCUUCCUCGACAACUCCUACUUCAACGCCUUCUAUCCAAAAUUCGAAUCGAUUUUUCAAGUUGUGGAUAACCCGAGCAUAACCAAAAACUUGGAUUUCAACAUCCAGAAAUUCUAUCUAGUUGCCUUCCGAGUCAUUGGAUUAUCGAUUGAGGAGGAGUCCUGGAAGGUUCCAUGCAUUGGAUUCUUGCACAAUAUUCUGAAUGCCGUGGAGACGACGGAGGCGGAAAGGCAAGAUCAAAUCUCUACGUACUCACCGCCUAGUCAACCAGCCGAAAUGGAAGUUCCAACUCUUCAAGUCAUCGCUGCUGCUUCAGUUGCCAAUGGAUUAGCCGAAGGGUCCAUCCAUCCAACCAACUUCCCACUCUCCGAGUCUUCUAGUUCAAAGAUUUUGAAAGAUCUCUUCAGACUAACCUUCACCAACUAUUCCCCUGAACUCUACACUCGACUCUGCGCCAUGAUCAAAGUGUCCAAAGUAGAUCACAAAGGAUUCUGGCUGUGCGACAACUCGAUCCGACUCUUCCGUGCCCAAAACCUGAGAUCGCUGACGCUCGGCCGAUUCGAUUGGUUGGAGAGUCACAUGGGACGGAACACUUAUGGGGAGACGAAGUUUGAAGAUCUUUAUCAUAAGGAGAUGAUCAUGCAACGACCAACAAAUAUCGUGAAAGUGUUAGAGCACGUCUUGAAUGACGAUUCGCAGAAGGAAUUGAUGCUCCUCAACAUCGAUACGGAGGUUUAUGAGACAAGAAGGAUGUUCUGCCGGAAAUGGGUUACACCGAUCAUCAAUAUGCUCCCUCAACUCCAAUCAUUGAGCAUCUACAACAGGAUUCUGACAGCGGAGGAUUUCCAAAGUAUUUGCACCGGCUUUCCAAAUCUCCGAAGCCUCAACAUCAGUGGCACUCGACUCAACAACCUGUCGGGAAUCUCCCAACUUCAAGAUCUGGAAGUACUCUCCAUCGGGAAUCUGAAAUUCCAGUCGUCUAUGGAUCUUAUUGAUAUCUUCAAUCUACCAAAGCUGAAGGUGCUCAACAUGUCCUGUGAAACGAGCUGUCGCCGGGAAAACUGCUGCAAUCGUGUGCAAUUACUACAAUUCUUGGAGUGCAACCGUCUGAUGCCUGAGCUGCUGUCCCUUGAUGUCUCAUUCAACAUUUUGCCAAAUCACUGGUUUUCAAAAGUUAUGGAAAGAUGUCCGAAGAUCAAGCAGGUAGCCAUUAUCGGUGGAAUUCCAGUAUGGAUCCAAGGAAUCGAAGUUAUCAGUGCACACAACUUAAAAGCUGUCAACCAGGCGUUGAAACACUAUAUGGCUACGGAUAAUCGACCCAUGAUCUUGGAACUACUCGAUAUGGCAACGGAGAUUUUGGAGGAUGCAUUUGAAGACGAAAUUCCAUUGACUAUAGAAGACUUACAAUCGUGCAGCGAGAUCGUCUGCAGAAUCAAUGAUAUCUACCAAUCGGACUACCCGAUACAUCAUAAGUCUGCCCCAACACUCUCUUUUCUCUUAAAAAACCGUUGCUCCAACAAAACCAAAAUCCUUAAUUGCCUCCAUUAUAUCUGCAACUUCUUUUUGGACAACAAUUACUUUGACAAGUUCUUCCCAAAAUUCGAGUAUAUUUUUGAAGCAAUUGGAGAUCAACAAUUACUGAUGGAUGCCACACUUCCAACAAGCUUCAAACAAUUCUAUCCAAUUGCAUUACGUGUCCUUGAAUUAACAACUGGAGAUGAGGACUGGAAGAUGCCGUGCAUUGCAUUUAUCGAUAGGAUAAGGCUACACUUGUAG